AUGCACCGAGGAGAAAUCAGCAGUGACAUCAGGAAGUGUGUGUGUGUAGCCUGCAGUUCAGUCAACGACCGCUGGGUGGUGCUGUUUCUUUCAGAGUACGCCCUCUUCACUCCAAUGCGCAUUCUCAUCGGUCACUUUGGGAUCUCGAAGCCUGGACCGUCCUGGACUCGUGAUGUGGUCUCCGAUGUGGACCAGGACUUCAUCUCCGCCUUCCUGUCCGAGGUCGACAACAAGGAGAUUGAGGAGAAUCUACGGGAGUUGACCAGAGUUCCGCACAUGGCGACCACAGCUGGAGACGAGCAAACCGUGGAGUUGAUGCUGAAGCGAUGGAAGGAUCCUGACUCGGGUCUGGACUCCGCCUGGAGAGAGGACUACAGCGUCUACCUGUCCUUCCCAGACCCAGAACACCCCAACUCCGUCACCGUGGUGAACUCCUCGAACUCAGUGCUGCUUACUCUCAGAGACAAAGAGAAACCCUACACUCCCGACCAAGAAGACCCCGCCGUGGUCCCGUCCUACGCUGCCUACUCUCCCCCCGGCCAGGCCAAGGGAAAACUAGUUUAUGCGAACUACGGAAGACCCAGUGACUACCUGGACCUGAGCCAGAAGCUGAACCUGACGGGGACCAUAGCCAUCACCAGAUAUGGAGGCGCUGGGAGAGCGGCAAAGGCCAUCAACGCCGCUCCGUACGGUGUGGUGGGGGUCCUGGUUUACACUGACCCUCGCGACAUCAACGACGGCUUCAUGUCGGACCAGAACGAGACCUACCCUCACUCCUGGUACCUGCCCCCUACUGGCAUGGAGAGGGGCGGCUUCAGCACCCUGUACGGAGACCUGCUCACGCCGUACUUAGCUGCUAAAGAGGACACAUACAGAAUCCCUGUUGGGGAGAUUCCAGGCCUUCCUCCCAUCCCCAUACAGCCCAUUGGAUUCGAGGACGCCUCCUUUCUCAUCUGUGCCCUGGACGGGGAGAAGGCUCCGGACGACUGGCAAGGAUCAUUUAAGUGUGGCUACAACUUUGGUCCUGGGUUCAAACCUACCUCUGCGUAUAAAGACAGUGAAGUGAAGAUGGACAUUGGAAACUAUGGCACCGUGAAGAAAUCUGCAAAUGUGAUGGGGAUGAUCCGAGGCAGCGUAGAACCAGAUCGUUACGUCAUCUACGGGAACCACAGAGACAGCUGGGUCCACGGCGCCAUCGACCCCAGCAGCGGGACCGCGGUGAUGCUGGAGAUCACACGGGUGCUGGGCAGGAGGCUGAAGCAGGGAAAGUGGAGGCCUCGUCGGUCCAUUAUCUUUGGGAGCUGGGGAGCAGAGGAGUUUGGACUGAUCGGAUCUGCAGAAUACACAGAGGAGUAUUUUGCCAAACUGAGUGAGCGCACCGUCGCUUACAUCAAUGUGGACAUCGCUGUUUUUGCGAACGCCACUCUCAGGGCGUCCGGAAUGCCCUCGAUUCAGAACGUGGUCUUCAGUGCAGCCAAACAGGUCAGUGCACCAGGAUCACAAUCUGGAUCAGUUUACGACAACUGGCUCAAAUACACAAACAAAACCAGUCCAAGUCUCGGCGUCAUCCCUAAAAUGGGAUAUUUGACGGGAGCCGGGAGCGACUACGCUGCUUUUGUCCACUAUCUGGGAAUCACAUCCAUGGAUAUGUCCUACACAUACGACCGGACCAAGACAAGCGCCAGGAUUUACCCUGCGUACCACACGGCGUACGACACGUUUGAUUAUGCGUCAAAAUACAUCGAUCCCGGCUUCACCAGUCACCAGGCCGUUGCUAGGACGGCGGGGAACGUCCUGGUCCGAUUGGCCGACAGCCUGGUGCUGCCAUUCAGCUGCAGAGACUACUCAGAGACACUGGAGGAUUAUCUGAGUGAGGCUGUGACUCAGUAUGAAGACCAGCUGAAGACCAGGAAUAUAACCAUGGAGCCGCUGAAACAGGCCGUGGCCAGUUUUAACGCUGCAGCUCUUCACCUCGAUGACGUCAUAAAAAGUUCAGAUCUGAAAAACGAAUCGCCUCUCAAAGUCCGGAUGUUCAACGACCAACUGAUGCUGCUGGACCGAGCCUUCCUCGACCCGGUGGCUUUCCCCGAGAAGUAUGCUUUCAGGGGGCGCAGGGGGUCAGAUACGGCGGAAGACUUCGAAGAGCGAGGCCACGGCGUGCAUGCGGUUAGACAAGUUCAGCCGGUACAGCCAAAGUUCAAGACGGAGACCAGACCGAAAAAACCAAACGAGUCCUCCUUCCAGACCACUGUCCGGUUAAUGAGGGCCGCACCCCGAAGGCGGCCGGCUCCACAGCUGCAAGGAGAGAGGCCGUGCGACUCUGGCCAGGAUCCACAGCUGCAAGAGAGGAGGCGUGAGACCCAGCAGGAUUCCACAGCUGCAAGAGAGGAGGACGUGAGACUCUGGCUGGAUCCACAGCUGCAAGAGAGGGGCGCUCCACAGCUGCAAGAGAGGCGUGAGACCCCAGCAGGAUCACAGCUGCAAGAGCAGAGAGUGAGGGGACCCCAGCAGGAUCCACAGUCCUGCAAGAAGAGCGUGAGGACCCCGCAGGGAUCCACAGCUGCAAGAGAGCGACGUGAGACAAUGCAGGAUCACAGCCGCAAGAGAGAGGCGUGA